GAUUCCAGCACCCAGAAUCCACUCCGGACCACCCCUUGCUAAAACCAGCUGGGAAUUUGGAAAGCUGCAAUCUUCAAAAUGUAUCCCCUUCCCAAUCUCUUCUGUGUGGAGGAAAGAGCAUAACCAGCCACUGCUUGUAAUGGCUGAGUGAUUCUGGGAGCCAAACUCUACAAAAGUAACUUUUGUCAGCGCUGAGAUCAUUACAUAUCCAGAACUAUGACAAUAAGGAGCCAUUUUCAAAAUCCAGCACCCUAAAUGAGCUGUAUCUUUUGUUUUAAUCUUAGGAUGAGGCAAAAUAGCAGUUUUCAGCAUUGAUCAUGAAUUCACAGAUGCUUCACAUUCUGGUCAUUUUUGUUUUUGGUGUUCUGUUUUUGAUCCUAUUUUACACGGCAAAACUCCCUGAUGAAAACAUCCCAAGGAGAUGCAACCAGUCAGAAGGGUCUGCUUUAGCCGAGGCUUGCAAAGCAGUUACAGAGGGGAAGACACUUUCUGUGCGAGGCAACAUGCUGAAGACGGCCUUUGGAACAUCCAACUGCCAUGACUACGUGACUCAAAGUCAUUACAUUACCAGAACGCUCUCAGCUGAAGAAGCGGCCUUUCCUUUAGCCUACAUGGUAACUUUGCACAAAGAGUUUGACACAUUUGAGAGGCUCUUCAGGGCGAUUUAUAUGCCCCAAAAUGUCUACUGCAUCCAUGUGGACAAAAAGGCCCCCAGCAGAUUUAAGAAAAAAGUGGAGCAGUUGCUGGGCUGCUUCCCCAAUGCCUUCCUUGCCUCAGAAUCAGAGCUGGUGGUUUACGCAGGGAUAUCCCGGCUUCAGGCAGACAUGAACUGCAUGAAAGAUCUUGUGAAAUCUGAGGUGCCCUGGAAAUAUCUUCUCAAUGCAUGUGGGCAAGAUUUCCCCUUGAAAACCAAUAAGGAAAUCAUCCAGCAUCUCAAAGGGUUCAAAGGCAAGAACAUCACUCCUGGGGUUUUGCCUCCACCUCAUAUCAUCCCUAGGACAAAAUAUGUCCACAGAGAACAAGUCUACACUCUUUUUUCCUUCAUGUUGUGGACUUUUUUGCGGAAAGCGCCUCCUCCACAUGACCUGACCAUCCACUUUGGCUCUGCCUACAUUGCUAUUACAAGGGAAUUUGCAGACUUUGUACUCAAUAAUCAACGUUCCAUUGACCUCUUUGAAUGGUCCAGAGAUACCUACAGCCCUGAUGAACAUUUCUGGGUGACACUGAACAGGAUACCAGGUACACUUUGUUUCCUUUUUGACAGUUCUCUAGUAGUAGUUGUUGUUAUUCUUCUAUGUUGUUGUCAUCCCAUAAUACGUGGGACCUUGUAUCUUGCUGUGAAAUCAAGUAAUUGCUGAAAAAGACAUGAGUGACUGAAACAUGUUCAGUGCAUUGUAUUUAAAUCUUGAAUUUCUGGGUUGCCUGUUCAUGAGACUUUAGGAUGUCCUGCUAAUACUAAUUUAGCUUUUUAAUUUUAAUCCUAUAUUAAAUGCAUGUUCACUGUUUUUCUCCCUUUACUUUUGGUUCUUUAUGGCCAGACGGCCAAAUGCUGAGAUCUUGGGGGCCAAAUCCAAGGCUCCAGACCCAAAAACAGGUUGCAGAAAGUCCAGAAAAGGCAGAAAAAUCACCAUUAAAAGCAAUCAAACAGGAAGUGACCAGAAAGGGACUUUGGGGUUGGGGUUUUGGAAUGUGGAGGAAUUGGAAAGGACCCAACCAAGGCCCAGAGGCAGAAAUCCAAAAUUGGGGGCGGGGCAAAGAUAUUUUGUUGAAUGUUUUGAAUUGAGGGAAUCUGGGAUAGUCCUUGGGACUUCACAAAUCUCCCCAAGGUCCACAGGCCACUCUUUGCCCACUCCUGCUUUAUGGGCUUCUGUAGUUUUAACAGUGGUCCAAUGGAACCAAGGCUCACAAGGCAAAAGAGCACAGAUGUUUACAGUAGCUGGGAUGAAGUACAUAGGAUUUCCUAGCCACAAUAUAUUGUUCACAUGUAGAAGAGGUGUUACCUUUAUUUAGAACACUAAAUACCAAACAUUCAAAGCAAGCUUUCAUGAAUAAAAUUCAUACUCUCAGGCAUAGGAUAGAAAAAUUAUGAAUGAAAGUCUUCAAAUGGUUAUGGCAGAAAUCUGCGCGCAGGUGCAUGCACCCACA